AACAAAUGUUUGAUGAGAGCAUGUUGCGUCUGGGCAACUGCUCUACAUAAUGAGAUUUGCGGCUUGCGUCAUGGUCAGUAAAGGCAGGCUUCAAACGUAUCCAGCCAGAAGAAAGUAGAAGUGAACUGUGGGGGAGAGGAAAAAGUUCGCAAGGAGAGGCAGGACAACUCUUGGGAGCCCUGCAGUCUCACUUUAUGCCUCCAAAAUACUUUCUUUCCAGUUUAUUUGCAUCUAGCAAUAUUGCUAUAGUAUUUUCACAAGAAUAACCCAACUUUUUAAAAACUGAAACGACCAUGGAGCUGCUUUGCCUCGAAAUGGACACCAUCAUAAGAGCUAGUCCUGAUCCGAAUCUCUUGUGUGAUGACAGGGUAUUACAAAGCCUGUUGACCAUUGAAGAACGUUUUCUUCCACAAUGUUCUUAUUUCAAGUGCGUUCAGAAAGAUAUUCAGCCAUUUAUGAGGAGGAUGGUUGCGACUUGGAUGCUGGAGGUUUGUGAAGAACAGAAGUGUGAGGAAGAAGUUUUUCCCUUGGCAAUGAACUACUUGGACAGAUUUUUAGCCGUGGUUCCAACCAGAAAGUGCAAUCUGCAACUUCUUGGAGCAGUUUGCAUGUUCCUUGCAUCCAAACUGAAAGAAACUCGUCCAUUAACUGCAGAGAAACUCUGCAUCUACACAGAUAACUCCAUCAGACCACAGGAGUUGCUGGAGUGGGAGCUGGUGGUGCUGGGGAAGUUGAAGUGGAACCUGGCGGCUGUCACUCCAAAUGACUUCAUAGAGCACAUUGUGAGGAAGCUGCCAUUGCCCGAGGAGAAGUUAGUGCUGAUACGCAAACACGUGCAGACCUUCAUUGCCCUCUGUGCUACAGACUUCAACUUCGCAAUGUACCCCCCGUCCAUGAUCGCCACUGGCAGUGUGGGAGCGGCUAUCUGUGGCCUCCAGUUGGACUCGGGUGACCAGUCUCAGUGGGGGGACAGUCUCACAGACCUGCUGGCCAAAAUCACCAACACUGAAGUGGACUGUCUGAAGGAGUGUCAGGAGCAGAUUGAGAGGGUUUUGGUGAGCAGCCUGCGCGAGGGGCGGCAGCAGCAACAGCAGCAGCAGCAGCAGGUCCAGCGUGGCCCCAGCAGUAAGACCAUGGACGAGCUGGAUCAGUCCAGCACCCCAACGGAUGUUCGCGACAUCAACUUGUGAGCCUGUAAAGAGAAGCAGCGCAUCCGGAAUACGCAUCAAAUCAACAUAAAAAAACUACAAAAAACAAACUACCCCUUGAAAAAAAAUGCUUGCUAAAGUUUUUUAGAGAUUUUUUUUAUUUUGUAAUAUAAAAACAUGCGCCCGUGUAUUGUAUGAAAGGAAAGCUAUUUUUAGAUAUAAAAUAGAUAUACUUUAAAAGCUAUGAAUUGAUAUAAGGACGCUCUAUGGUGCCUCAGAUAUACAGAAGGCAAGCCAAUUAUAUGUUGCGUUCUGUUUUUGAUUGUAUAGUCAUAAUAAAGUUAUAUCGAAUAAGACAACAAUAGCUUAAUAAGGAGUUCAAAAAAUGUUUGGGGAGACCAUUCGAGGCUUGCAUAUAUGGGAUCACAAUCGGGGCAAGGUUUUUCUGUUUUGUUUAGUUAAUUAUUUUGGUUAAUGUUGGUCUGCCGGAGAUAGGAGCCCAAUAAGGGCUCCGCUGACCUUGAAUGGCAGGUCUCAACGUGGCAUGGUUUGGCUGUGUGUUGGUGGCGAGGGGAGCACUUUGCAGGAAUUGCAGAGUGUUGUACUACGAAAGAGACAAGUAGGGUCCAUGGAACAGCCAAGUAUAUAAUAGUGAAUUACAUUGUUAUGAUUAUUAUUAUUAAGAAACGUAUUUGUGAAUACAGAGUAAUAGACGUCAAUAAGCUCUUUAUGUCAGGCUGAUUGUUCGUGUGUGUGUGUGUGUGUGUGUGUGUGUGUGUGUGUGUGUGUGUGUGUGUGUGUGUGUGUGUGUGUGUGUGUGUGUGUGUGUGUGAAUGCGAAUGCAUCUGUGUGUGUGAGUGGGUGGGUGUAACUGCCAUGAUGUGAGAUUUUUGUAUCAGCUCAACUGUGUGUGUGUGUGUGUGUGUGUGUGUGUGUGUGUGUGUGUGUGUGUGUGUGUGUGUGUGUGUGUGUGUGUGUGUGUGUGUGUGUGUGUGUGUGUGUGGGGGAAGUGUUAUGGCUUAGCGCUUGAGUGGAAAGACUAGACUUGUGGUAGACUAUGGAACAGGCAGAAGACUCAUUCUCUGCAGGGCAUCUAUGUUAUAUCACUGCCUUAAGUUAAUAUGCGUUGUCGGCCGACAAAAAGCUGGGGGUCUGAGUCCACUUAGUGGGUGAGAGGGAUUGAGAGAGAGAGGGAUUGAGAGAGAGAGAGAGAGAGAGAGAGGGGCAGUUGUGUUCCCUCGUUUUUGUCUAGAGGAGUUUGGCAAUGGACCAUCUGCUUUCAGAAGUUUCAUUCGAGGUGUUUGUGUUUUUCACUGCCAACAUACCAAUCAAAUAGCGUUUGUAUUUUUAUGUUGCUGUUGAGUUUUUUUUGUUAUGGAAGGAGCUUCAGGCUGCUUAGUGUCAGAAGGGAGGAGUGUGUCCCCCUCUUGCUGGUACAUUAGUAUCUCAGAGGAGAGGGGAGGCCUGUGGUCUGUGGUGGUUGUAGGGGGUUUGUGGGGGUGGACAGGUAUAGAUGGAAAGAAAGGGUUUAUUGCAGUGCAGAAGCGUGCUGCUGUGUAGAGGAAGGAGAUGUAGUGGAGUUGCUGGAAGAUACAGGAGAGGAGCCUAAAGGCCUCAUGACAUCUAUCUGAUUUCUGCGUUUUGGGCAGACUGAGGCCACGGGUGGCAAAUUAGGAUCAAAACCAGACUCAUUAUUUGAGAAUGAACUUUCUGGGUUCAUUAGAGGAGAGAAAAAUGUAUUGGAGCAGGGGAAGAUUUGUGAUCAAUGCAUCUGUAGUCCCUCAUAGAGUUGUUUCAACGCGCCUGUGAUUUCAACAGCAAAGCACUUUGAAAACACGCUUAAAUUAAAUGGUUACGGUGUGGGGGGGGGGAUCUAUGGAUGUUUUCUGUUUUCUUGUUAGCUUUUUCUUUGUAGGGCUGGUUUCCCACAUUCAGAUGUACCCACUUGGCAAGCAGGUGUCAAAAUAAUGCCUAACACCUUAUGACAUGAGGACAUUCCGAUCUAAAAACAUUCCGAAAUAAAGAAAAGUGCAAAGGGGCGUCUGACCAUUUUUCGUGUGUUUUAACAAAUAACUAAUGCCAAUGCUAAUUUUAAAAAAAAGGCUACAGACAAGGUUAAUGAUUUUGUUUUUAUUUGAGAAGUUAUCACAUUAUAAAAUAUUUGUUCUACUUGAAUAUUCUAUUUGAUCUGCUUCACAACAUCAACAAAAAGUCACAUGGGUGGGAACUAUACAGAAAACGUUACCAUAGAACAUCUGGUGUUCUGAGGGCAAAUUAGGUUUUCUUUCAAAAUGAUGAAGCUUGUUCUAUGUUCAAAGCUACCUUAUUGAUGGUUUUGCUAGUAGAGCCUGGCCUGUUGUCUUCGGUGAUGCCCCUGUGUGGCUGUGCAGGCCUGACUGAUGUCUGUGAACCCGUAGUGAUAAAACUCUAUGAAAGUUCUAUCUCUGCGUGUGCCCCUCUCGUCCAGUGAGAUUUGCUGCUUCAGUCACUUCAUUGGCAUGGGGUUUGAUCAGUCACCCAGACAUCAGAAUUAGACUAAUUCACUUCCAAGACUGACACAGGGUACAUCGCCAGCACAAGGCAGCCUUGAUCACGCAAUAUUCUCAUUGCUACAUUUAAAGGUGUAUCAAGUUUUUGGUGUGGUUUUUUGUGUGUGUGUGUGUGUGUGUGUACGUUUGUUUGUGUUUGCAUGUGUGGUAGGUAUGAGGGGAAAAUGAGGAUUCAGUGUUUUAGCAGGCUACUCAAAAAUCAAUGUUUUUCAGGAAAACGUUUUCUAGAAACCAAUCUUAUAAACAAGGCCAUCUUCAACCUCUCACCAAAACUAGCCCCUGUUCAUCAUUGUCAAGGAUGUCUGCCCUUUUUUUCCUCCUGCAAGCUCUAUUCUGAGCAUAGAUUAUGAUUUGUUUGUUUUUACAAAGUAGUUGACUGUGUUAGGUUUGAAUUUGUAUUUAGACCCCCUUCAAUUUGUGUUUUGUUUUAUUUUAUGGGGUGUCCAGACCCCCCAAAAAGUUUGUAGAGCAUUUGUAAGGGGUUAGAUACUGUAUUCCAAAGUGAAGAGAGAUGGAGGUGUGAAGACAUCAAAGUGUCAAUAUUUUUUAUUGAGUUAUUAUUAUUGUCUUUUUGCGCUGCUAAAAGCUAUGAUUUUGUUUCAUUCUUAUAUACAAAAAAAAAUUACAUUACUUAGUUGUGAUGUGUCACUUGAGUGUGCUGCUAUUUUAUAAACAUUUGUAUUAUAAUAUAAUUAUUUUACUGCUUAAGAGAUACAUUCAGAAUACUGAAGUAGAUGGUAAUAGAAGAACAUGACACGAGUAUUCGACUGGAAAUGUUCUUUGUACAGUUUGCUUAGAUAGCAUGUUUCUUUUCCUUUUUUAUCUAUUUUGCUCUACUUUCUCAGUCACAUUGCGGUAUCUCUAUACCUCAGGUUUACUGGACAAAAAAAGAAUAUCUGAAUACCUCACAACUCUACAGUUUUUAGGGAGCCUGGGAAGGGUAACAGUACAGUAGAAAGCACAGUAGUUGUGUCUGUUGUGAAAUGUACUGACCUUGUUGAGUGGCAAGCAUGCAAGGCUCCCACCUGGACUUAAACCCUAGUGGAGGGGGCACAACAACAAGUCAACACUUCCUUGCUCAGUUUAAGUUGAUGGUGGUGCUAAUUGUGAGACCCAUGUGACAUUCAUUACAAAGACAAAUGUGAAAAUGUCUCAAAUAUCAUUGAUGAUUAAUUACAUGGUUUGUUCCAAUUUAAUGUGGAUGGAUUUUGGUUCCUAAGCUUGAUUUGAUGAGCUUAGUUGACCUGUGUGUUCCAGGUGGUCCUAUUGUCUGGAAAACCAAUACAAAAUGGCUCAACCAAUAAAUCAAAAAAGCUCACCACAUACUGCAUCUGACACGAGGAAGUGUGUUUCAACAGCGUGGAUUUCCCUUUAGUUGUCCCCCUUCCACUAGAAGUUACAUAAUGUACCUCAGAAAUGUCUGUUGCACAACCUCUGUUCAAUAAACUUCUGCUUUAAAGAGUGUGACACCA